AUGGACAGAGGUGAUCGAUGUGAGGAUAAAAAAUCAGCCAGUGGAAAGAAAGCACAGAUUCAAGGACUGAUGGAAAAUGAGAAGGAAAGCAAAACAAAGAAGGCAUUUAAGAUAAGUUAUUGGAAGAGACGCGGCGUUGAAUUUCUCACCUCCAAUCUGUUUUUUGGCAACCUCAAAAAUGCCGUGUUAUUCCGUUCCCCAUCAUCAUGGCACAUCGGCGACUUACACAAGAUGGCUCCUCCGGACGCGCCAUUUAUUGGUUUUUACAUCUUUCAUAAGUCGUGUCUACUAUUACGGGAUCCAGAGAUAAUUAAACAAAUCAUGAUCAAAGACUUCGAUACUUUCACCGAUCGCUACUUUGCUGGCUUCCAUCAGAAGGACAGUAUGGGCAUGAAAAAUUUGUUUGGCAUAAAGAAUCCGACCUGGAAAUAUGUGCGGUCUAAGAUCAACCCUACUUUAACGAAGAGCAAGUUGAAAAAUAUGUUUCCAUUGAUGAUAGAGAUUACAGAGCCAAUGAUGAAAUAUAUAAACGAUCAACUAAAUAAUCAAGAAACUGUAAAAGUGUUGGAUGCUCAAAAUAUUUAUUAUAAGUGUACAACUGAUCUGAUCGCUUCAAUAGCGCUCGGUACUAAAAUAGACUCUUUUUAUCAUCCAAACGAAUUUACGGAUGCAAAUACUUUUUUUUAUUUAAAGUAACUAAUUAAAGAUUAGUCUUAUUUGACCAUAUCUGAAUCUUUGUACUAUUUUUUAAUAAUUUUAUUUAUGAUGAAAUAUCUGGAAGAUCAACUGGUUAAUCAGGAAACAAUGUUAGAUGUUCAAGAUAUUUAUUACAAAUAUUAGUUAAUCAGGAAACAGUGUUAGACGUUCAAAAUAUUUAUUACAAAUUAUAUGUUAAAUAUGUAUUAUAUUUAUAAAAUUUCAAUAUUGAUCACU